AUGGCAAAUGUUCCUUCAUCAACUCAUGGGUCAAGAACUAUGACAAUUCUUUCAGAAGAAUUAACUGAAUCCGAUCAUGCUUCUUCUUCAGAAGAAACUAAUAAUAAUUCGUUACAUUCAAUUGGAACUUUAAAACUUCGUGGUGCUAAUACAUUAAAUAAUAGGAAAGUCAAAUGGGACAACGGAGUUAUUGAUAAUGAAGGAAUGAGCAAAAGAAAGUCAAAGAAAGAAUCUUCCAGCAGUGAUGACGAUCAUGAUCAUAAUCAUAAACACAAACGUAAUAAUACAAAUGCUUAUGAACGACAACCACAAUACAAAAAUAAACCUCGUCCAGUAUCUUUUUAA